ACAUUUAUUUUUCUGCUUUAAAAAAGUUUUUUUAUUAGUUAUAUUUUUAUAAUUCCUCCUAAUUUAAAAAAAAUUUCGAGUAAAUGGCGGAAGAACACGAAGAAUCUUUUCAUUCCACCGAUGAAACUACCAAAAUUGAGGAAGAAGCUGAAAAACAACCAGAUGUUGCAACAAUUGAAUCUCCUCGUACUCCUACGAUUACCUUUAAUGAACAUGAAAUUUUAUCCGAACAAUUUGAAAAUUAUUUACGCAUUGCCGAGGCCUUAAUGAAAACUCUUAAACGACCUAAAGAUAUAGAAAUUUGUACAAAUCUCUUGCGCAAAGUCCAAAGACUCAAUGACAGUAAACAUUUAGAGGUGAAACGUAAUAAUAAUGCUUUCUUUCGUUAUUGUCUUAAGGUAUUAAAGUGGACAAGUGAUAAUCAACCGUUGGAAUUAUAUCAACAAUGGUAUAGCAAUAAGGAGUUGAUCGAAGGUCCAACAGAAUCACGUACUUGGUUGGAGGAUAAUAAAUCUUAUAUGGCUUUAAAAAGUCUUAAAGAUGGCACAAAUAUUAUCUAUGCUGCUGUAUGUGAUGAUCCUUCUGCCGGUUGGCAAGAUGGUGGUUUAAACAUAUUGGCUAAACGGGGUGCAUGUUCUAGGAAUUAGUUACAAGCAAAUUAAUUGUAUUACAAAAUAUGAAAUCAUAAGCAGAAUAUUCAU